AUGAUCAUCGCCCGCCAGGAGCAGCCAAGCUGGGUUUCGGAGCGUAUCUCCUACUUCUCGUCGAAAUACUCGCCUGCACAAGCUUCGCAGACUGCUUCAUCUGAUGAUGACGCACAGCGGUCCAGUGACGAUGAUAACGACAAAGAUGCUGCAUCGGCCUUCGUGACGGCCACGAAUCUUCCUUUUGGCUUUUUGACAACGACCUUGGAGAGUGCCACGGCCGCAAAAGCGAGCGCCUCAGAUGGUGAUGCUCAAUCAUUGACUGAUAGUGGAACUACCUCACCGACCGAGUCCACGUCUCAAGUGACAUCCGCACAACAAACUUUACCGACCAUGACAACCAGUAUAAGCCGGACUCAGUCAGCCUGGCAGUCAGGCUGGCACUCAUACUCCCCAGCAUCAAGCAAUACCGCAAGCUCCAUCGAGACCGACCCUACGAGCUUAUCUCCUGGUCUACAGGCGCAGCAGAAGGCUCAUCACGGGCCGAACACAACGAUCAUUGCAGGAGUUGUUGUGCCAAUCGUCAUUCUGCUUGUCAGUGGUCUUGUGUUCUUGACCUGCCUGCGCAGACGACGUAGGCGUGCUGCUACUACAACCACGCCAGUUGUUGGCAACGAAGCUGCCACCAAGGACCCUGUUGGAGCACCGGCGAUGGUGGAGAAAGUGUCAGAGAAGAAGGUGGAUUCGAACGCCCCACCGCCGACUCUGGUGACAACAAUGCUAUCGCCCAUUGACGAAGCGAUGGCAACUCCACAGCAUCCUCGGCUCGUCAUAACUUCGCCUCAGAAUCCGACUUACUUCACUGGACUGGACACGUUCUCGGUGCAUUCGGCUGCCACGUCCGAAGACCCACCACCUCCCUACCGUGCAAGAAGUAUGUUGAGCCACACAUCUUCAGAGCGCCGUCAGCCCAGUAUAGUCACCAACUACGCGCCUCAUGGACCGGUGUCCCCAAUAUCGCCGGUCUCACCCAUUGCACAUCUAGCCUCGCCGUUCUCUGACAGCAACGCUGUAGAUAUCGCGAGGUCUCCAUCUCAACGAUCGUUUGCUAGCACAUUGUAUUCUAGCAAUGCCAGUGUCUAUGAGGCAAGGCCAGCUAGACGAAGCACAGGUCCUGCCGAGUAUGUGAUCAGUCGAAGGUCGUCGACGGAGGAUGACAUCCGCGUGAGGUCGCCAUUUGAAGACCCAGAAGACGAGGUCGAGCAUGAAAGA